AUGGAGUUAUCGAGUGGAAUUAAGCUGAUAAGCGUUUGCACAGAGCAAACAGUCGCGAAAUCGGUAGUGCAGAAGAUGCUGUCGACUAGCUGCAUCGUGUUGGUAUUCAGUGGCUCUCCGGCAAAUAUUGUUGCCCACUUGUUGUGUGAAGCAUUAUUGCGGUCACGGUCAAUCGACAGAGUAGCACUACCACCCGUCGAUAGCAAAAGUAAGCUUGGAAAGUUGAUCCUCGAUUUGCCCUCCGCUCAAAUGUAUGUUCCGUCUAUGGGAAAAAUUAUUUGGAAGGACUCGCUGCGUGGUCCUUUUUGGAUCAUAUAA